UUGAUUUUGGAUGACGCGGCAGCACGCAAGGAGUUUUCGAUGUAUAUAUACCAUGUAUUGAAUGGUCGAUAUGAUAUUUGACAAAAUCAAUUAUGUCUCUACCUUUAAGUAUUCCUCAACGCGAAAUUGGAAAGACCGGUGUCAAAACAUCGGCUGUUGGCCUUGGAUGUAUGAGUUUGGCUCCUGGCGUUUACGGGACUGUGGAUGACGAUAACAGCAUCCAAUUACUCAACAAAGCACUGGACAUUGGGUGUAAUUUCUGGGAUACAGCAGAUAUUUAUGGCAUGGGCCAUAGCGAGAAAGUCAUCUUCAAGGUACUCAAGGAUCGCAGGCAGGAUAUUUUCUUGGCUACUAAGUUUGCUGUGGAUUUCAGCUCAGGUACUAUUAGAAUCAACGGAUCCCCCGAAUACGUCGCCAAGGCUUGUCAGGCAUCCUUAGAGAGGCUGGGAACAGAUUACAUUGACUUGUACUAUAUGCACCGCAUGGAUCCAUCCACACCCAUUGAAAAAACUGUAGGAGCUCUGGCCAAGUUAGUCGAGCAAGGAAAGAUCAAGUAUAUUGGACUAUCGGAAUGCUCAGCAAACACACUUCGCCGAGCACACAAAGUGCAUCCCAUUACUGCUGUGCAGAUGGAGUAUAGCCCAUGGACUCUGGAUAUUGAAAAGAACAAUGUCUUGGAAACUUGCAGAGAACUUGGUAUCUCUGUAGUCGCCUAUUCACCUUUAGGCCGUGGCUUCCUCGCAGGUAACAUCAGGAAUUUUGAGGAGUUAGAUGCCGACGACUACCGUAGAGGCAACCCUCGUUUCCAAGGCGAAAACUUCUACAAGAAUCUUGAGCUCGCUGAUAGCAUCAAGGCUGUUGCCGAGAAGAAAAGUGUUACAGCUGCACAAGUUACCCUUGCAUGGCUACUUGCUCAAGGCGAUAAUAUCUUUGUUAUCCCUGGAACUCGCAAAGAAAAGUAUCUUCUCGAAAAUGCCGCUGGUGGAAGUCUUCAACUGAAGAAAGAAGAGUUGGAUCAAAUCCGAACAUUGGCAGAUUCAUUCCAACCUGCUGGUGCACGAUAUGAUGAAAUGGGAAUGUAUUCCUUAGAUCUAUAGAGGCUCAAUAGUCAACGUAAAGAUAUUACUUUCCAGUUAGAAUAGGAUCUGAAACUUGCCAUAAACGAAGCUGAUUUCUCUAGUCGUCAAUAAGCGCAAAU